AUGUCUCAUUCUUUCUUUUUCUUUCCGUUUUUUUUUUCUUUCUGUCUUUCUUUCUUUUUUCUUUCUUUCUUUCUUUUUAUUUCUUACAUUUUCUCUUCUUUUCUUUUUCCGAUUCUUGUCUUUCUUCUUUCUUUUUGUCUCUUUUUCUUUUUUCUUUCUUUUUUUUUCUUUCUUUCUUUUUUUUUUUUCUUUCUUUUUUUCUGUCUUACUUUUGUUUUUCCUCAUUUUCCUUCUUUUUUCGUUCUUUUUUUUCUGGCUUUUUGGCUGUCUGUUUUUCUUUUUUUCUCUAUUUGUCUCUCAUUCUUUCUUUCUUUCUUUCUUUUUUUCUUUUUUCUUUUCUUUCUUUCUUUUUCUUUUUUUUCUUACUUUUUGCCUUUCUUUCUUCUUUCUUUUUCUCUUUCUCAAUUCCUUUUUUAUUCUUUCUUUGUCUUUGUUUUCUUUCUUUUCUUUCUUUUUCUUUUCUAUCUGUUUGUUUUACUUUCUCUUUCUUUUCUCUCUUUUUUGUUUCUUGUUUCUUUUUUUUUCUUUUUCUUUUUUUUUCUUUCUUUCUUUCUUUUUUAUUUCUUUCUUUCUUUUCCUAUCUUUCUUUCUUUCUUUCUUCAGUUUAUUCUUUUUUUCUUUUUCUUUCUUUCUUUCUUUCUUUUCUUUUUUUUCUUUCUUUUUCUUUCUUUUCUUUUCGAUUCAAUUUUUUUUCUUCCUUCUAUCUGUUUAUUCUUUUUUUUCUUUUUCUUUCUCUUUCUUUUCUUUCUUUUUAUUCCUUUUCUUUCUUUUUGUUUCUUUUCUUUUCUUUUCAUAAUCUGUUUUUCUUUUCUUUCUUUUUUUCUGUCAUUUUUCUUUCCUUUUUUAUCGUUUUCUUCCUUUCCGUUUUCUUUUUAUUUCUUCAUUUCUUUCUUUUUUUUCUUUCCUUUGUUUCUUUUUUCUUUCUUUUUUCUUUAUUUCUGUUCAAUUCGAAUUCUUUGUCUUUUUUUAUUCUUUUUUCUUUCUUUCUUUCUUUUCUAUUCUUUUUCUUUCUUUCUUUCUUUUCUUUUUUUUUUCUUUCUUUUUUUUUUUCUUUCUUUCUUUCUUUUCUUUCUUUUCUUUCUUUCUUUCUUUACCUUUUUUUUUCUUUUCAUAUUCUUUUUUCUUUCUUUUUCUUUUCAUAACUUUCCAUCUUUUCUAUCUUUUUCUUUUUUCAUUUUCUUUUUCAAUUUUGUUUCUUUUCUUUCUUUCCAAAUUCUUUUUUUUUCUUUCUUUUUUUUUCUUUUCAUAUUCUUUUUCUUUUCUUUUUUUUCUUUCUUUUUUCUUUCUUUUUUUUUCUUUUCAUUUUCUUUUUCUUUCUUUUUUUCGUCGAUUUUCUUUCUUUUUUUUUUUCUUAUCCUUUUUUCUUUCUUUUUUUUUUUUCAUAUUCAAAUUAUUUUUUCCAAAGUUUUCCUUUUUCUUUCUUUUUUCUUUUCUCUUUCGUUCAGUUUAUUUCUUUUUUCUUUUUUCUUUUUUCUUUUUCUUUUUUCUUUUUCGUUUUCUUUUCAUAUUUUUUUUCUUUCUUUUUUUUUUUUUCUUUUCAUAUUCUUUUUCUUUUUUUUUUUUUUUCAUAUUCUUUUUUUUUUUUUUUUCAUAAUCCUUUUUUUUUUCUUUUUUUCUUUCUUUUUUUUUUUUUCAUAUUCUUUUUUCUUUUUUUUUCUUUUUCAUUUUUUUUUUCUUUUCUUUUCUUUUUUUCUUUCUUUUUCUUUUCAUUUCUUUUUCUUUCAUUUUCAUUUCUUUCUUUUUUUUUUUUCAUUUCAUUUUCUUUCUUUCUUUUCUUUUCUUUUUUCCUUCUUUCUUUUUCUUUUCUUUUUUUUUUUUCUUUCUUUCCUUUUUCUUUUCAUUUUUUUCUCUUUCUUUCUUUCAAAUCAUUUCAAUUCUUUUUUUUCUUUCUUUCUUUUUUUUUCAUAUUCUUUUUUCUUUCUUUCUUUCUUUUCAUAUUCUUUUUUCUUUCUUUCUUUCUUUCUUUUUUUCUUUUCAUAUUCUUUUUUCUUUCUUUCUUUCUUUUCAUAUUCUUUUUUCUUUCUUUCUUUCUUUUCAUUUUUUUUUCUUCUUUUUUUUUCAUUUCUUUUUUCUUUCUUUUUUCAUAUUUUUUUUUAUUCUUUUUUUCUUUCUUUUUUUUUUUUCUUUUCAUAUUUUUUUUUCUUUUUUUCAUAUUCUUUUCUUUCUUUUUUUCUUUUUUUCUUUUUCUUUUUUUUCUUUUCAUAUUCUUUUUUUUUUCUUUUUUUCUUUUUUCUUUUCUUUUUUCUUUCUUUUUCUUUUCUUUUUUUUUUCUUUUUCUUUCUUUUUUCUUUUCAUUUCUUUUUUUUUCUUUUUUUCUUUUCUUUUUCUUUUUUUUUUUUUUCUUUUUUUUUUUUUUUUUUCUUUCUUUUUUUUCUUUUUCUUUUUUUUUUUUUUCUUUUCUUUCUUUUUUCAUUUUUUUUUUCAUAUUCUUUUUUUCUUUCUUUUUUUCUUUUUCCUUCAUUUUUUUUUUUUUUCUUUCUUUUCUUUUUUUCUUUUCUUU